AUCAGCUUACACCGAUAAACAUUGUUCGACUGUUUGCUAUCUAAAUCUCGUUACGUGGAAGAUCAUUCACAUGUAAUUAAUAUUUUUUUAAAGAACAAAUUAUUAUUUCAAAGUAGCUGUACAUUGAAGAUAAAUAGAAAACAAUAUCCAUUUUAUCAGACACAUAUGUACCACACUUAACUGGAAAUCUUGCGGAGUCAAAACCAUAUUGUUUAUGUCAAGAUUCUGCCAGCCUGAAACUAUAUUAUAUUAAGCUAAAUGGAAUGAUAUAGUGUGCAUGGACACAUUUCAAAAGAGUCUACAUGAAUCAGUCAAUGUCUGUAAAGAACGUAGCACUCAUCCUUAUUGAUCUACAGAAUUCAUUUAUCACUGGAAGAUGGAUGAGGUAUUUUGGCGAACAAGACAUUACAAAGAUUAGAUCCUCAUUCGAUAACUGCUUAUCCCUUUUAAAAGUUCUGCCACCGGAAUUACCAGUAUUAUUCACUAGGGUGCCAUUUGGUAGAGAGUCUGAUUUUCAAUUCUUUGAUGGAAUUGAUUCAGUUGUUGCUGAGAGAAAAUAUAAAUGUAUAAUCAAAUCAGAUACAAACAUUAUGGAUGCUGAUGGCAUUAAAAAUUGGAUGGAUGUGAUAAUGAGAAGCCAAAUAUCAACUGUUGUCAUUGGAGGAUGUGUGACAACAAGCUGUAUUCGAAACUCUUCCAGUAAUCUUGUCAAACAUUAUAAAAAUAUAUCUGGUGCCCCAAACUUUAUUGUUGAUUUAAACUUAUGUGCUGCUCGUAACCAAAAUUAUAUACCACGCUGUUCUCUCUGCAUGAACAAAUAUCUAAAUGGAGUUUCGGAUUUCUUUUGUGGGCAAUGCGAGACCCUGGGUGAACCCCUAGAGUCACCAGUUGACAGAGCUGUGUCAGAUAUGCAAAACGCUGGUGUUAUUGUAGUAGAUAAAUUUGAGUGGGAAUCUUUGAUUAGCAAAUAGAAUUUAAUUUCAUCCAUUAGUUGUUCUCAAAUUGUUAUUUAGCAAAUAAAUAUUGAUUAAUGGCUGUAUGUAA